AUGCCUGGCUCCACCUCAGGAGUUGUCAGAAUGGAUAGGGCUAAACAUCACAGUGGUUCUUAUAAUUCUGCAGGUUCAAAGAAGGCCAAGACUUCCACCACUCCAAACAUUGACUUGCUGCAGGAUUUUGAUGAUCCUGCCUUCCCUGCUCACAUUUACUCAUGGAACACUGUGCUUACUGAUGUCAACAAGGACCCCAAGAGAAUUCAUGCUGGUGUGUCCAAAAUUGCAUAUUUUUUCCCUCACCCCAUGCUAUUUAUGAGAGAGUUCAUGAAGGUUCAGCAUGAUGUACCGAGUCAAGUGCAAUUCUGCAACAUUACAAUUGAUCUCACAGACCUCACUACCAUCAACUCGGUAACAAAGGGCAAGAUUCUCUGGGACCAGUAUGAGCCCAAUUUCCACUUCAAGCUGGUCACCCUGGACCAUCUGCUGGUGCCCACCCUCUGGUUGAGUGUGGAAUCUGAGUGGCUGGACCAAGUCCAUCAGAUCUUCCUGGGAGAUUUGGAGCUUACCAUGUUCACUGAACCCUUCCCAGUUAAGGAUCAAGGUCUGGCCUCACUAGAACCCAAAAUGAAGCUGGAAUAUGUUGAGAUAACCACAAACUGA